AUGGAGUUGUUCUUAUCAACAGAUUUAAAUUCAUAAUUCCUAACUCUCUUGGCACAUUACACUAGAUUGGUUUCAACAGCAAGAGUAAAACUUGUGGCGCUAUCAAAUCAAGCAUUAAAAUUAAAUGAAGAAGGCAUAAUCAAAAUUCCUUCCAUUCCAUCAUUGGUAACAGAGGAUGCCUAAAUUUUAACAAAUGUAUUCUCCAUUGCACAAUACUUAACUAAUAUUUCAUUUACAGAAAGAAUUCUCAUUGGCGCAGAUAAUUAAACAUUGGGGCAAGUGUUAUAAGUCUUCGAAGCACAAAGAAAGAUAUAAGGAGAAGAUUUAGUCGAAGCUUUCCUGAAACAUUUAGAAAGCAGAGUAUUUUUCGCUACUAAUCAUGUGACCCUAGCAGAUUUAUUUCUAUACAUUCAUACAUAUGACGUAGUGUCUACAUGGAAUGACGAACAAAAAGCUGGAAAGUAUGUUCAUUUCUUUAGAUGGUUUAAGUAAGUUCAAGCUUUGCCACAAAUAGCUGAAAUAAACAGAACUUUGGGUAGAGUUGAUGUGAAACCAGCAUCUCCAUUUGUUGAUAUUUAGUCUAUUGGUAAAUAAAAAAAACAGAAAUGAGAUUAUAUAAUAUUCCUAUUAAAUAUUAGAAAAAUGCAAUUGAUUUUUAA